GGGUCUUUACUAUACAAUUAUAAAUACCAUGAUAUAUAAUACAAAUAAUUCCAUUAAGUAUUUUUUUAAUUUAAAUUACUCCGAGCUUACUCCGAGAACUACUUACAUUGCUUCGAGAAUAAUGCUGACAAUGCAAAGUUGCAGAUGUUACGAAACGAGUAGCGCAGCUCAACUCAAAUGGAAGUGGGCUGGUCAUGUAGCUCGAAACGAAAGUUUUUGUUGCCAACUUCUUCUGGAAUGGAAGCCGUGGGACAAAAAUCGCCCGCAAGAAAGACCACAGAUGCGCUGGAAAGAUGACGUGAAAAAGGUUGCUGGCUCGAACUGGAUAUAAAGGGCACAAUGCCGCAGUGAAUGGAAAUUGUUGGGGAAGGCCAAGGAACCAAGAUGGUUGAAAAAUAAGGCUGAAGAAGAAGAGAUAUAUUUACGUACAAAAGUUUAACGAAAUUUAAACAUUCUUGAUAAUCAAGUUGUGGUUUUUUUGCGAUUUUGACAAUAUUAUAUGAAACCAAAUUUCAGAAAAAGUAUCGAAUUGAAAUUGUUACUAACUUCGGCCAUACAUUAUUGUUAUAGGUUUAAAUAAUUUCAACAAUCAUACAAUAAAGACAAUGUGCCAAUACCUAAUUUUCUUCAAAGCUUUUCUCAGGCGACGUUCUCGCAUACUUCAUACAAAAAGUACUUAAGUGUAAGUACCUGAAUAGACGAAAAAAAAGUUUUACUUUCUUCAUUUACAUUGUGUGACAUAAAUACUCAUUAUUAUAGCCGUAAACAAGCAAAACACACCACGCUUCAUGAAAUAAACGAAGUGUGCUUAUAUUUUCCACAAUAACAAUUUACGAUCGGAUUGAAUUCCAAAGCCAAACUUGUAAACAUAUAAAUAUUUAUUGAAAUACUGACUAGUGACUACUGUUAAGUCAAGAGGGCUACCUGCAGUCCUAAAAUGUACCUCCUUAAAAGGAGAGAAAGCUACGAAAACAAUUUCUAAGUUUAAAGUGUU